AUGGAGCAUUCAACGAGUCACAUUCAAGAAAAAACGAGGAAGCCAAAAAGGGUUUGGCUGCAUAAUAUCCAUGUUCCUAAGAAGCUCUUGGGGAAGAAAUGGUCCUGCCAAUCUCUCGGUUCAACCAAUAAGUACCACAUGACAUGACGCGAGUUUUCUUAUAUAUCACACCAUCUUUUUUUUUUUUUUUUUUUUCUUUCUAUCUUCUCUAAUUUAUCUAUAUUAUCGGCAAAAGAUUUGACAGAUGGUGUUGAAUUCACCACAGUUCUGCAUUCCAACCUAAAACAACAAAUCAAAAAAGUAAAUUUGAAUUAAAAUUAUGUUUCAUACAAUAUCUUUUUGGUCAUGAUAUUUAUCUCUA